UUUUGCACACAAAAAACAAGAACAAUUCCUAGAAAAAGCCUUUUUGUCGCUCACUGUUCCUACCAAAAGUCUUGUUUCUUUCUUGGUCUUGCAGCUGAUCGGUUUUAACUUUUUAGGGUUCACAAAGGAUCCUGAUUCGGGAGAUGCAAUCGGAGCAGGUGAGAUCCAUGGUAGCAGACACAACUGUAACAGGGAAGCAUAGAAUUUCUGCUGCAUUCAACAAGCUUCAGCAAGAAACUCAUUCCUUACAGAAAGAGCUAGAACAACUUGAGAAUACGGAAGCAGCUUCAAGCGUAUGCAAGGACAUCCUGCACGAUGUAGAAACAAGGCCGGAUCCACUACUUCCAAUAACAAGUGAACCAAACCCAUCAUGGGAUAGAUGGUUUGAAGGACCUCAAGAUAACUUACGCACGAUAUGUGUCCUGAUGAAAAUAUAUGGAAGUGGUCUUGUUGGAGAUCAUGUUUUGGUAGCAUGCUGACAAAUUCAUUGUUCUUCCAAAGAACAUGCAGUCUUGUUGUACAUUGGUGAUUUCACCCUCUGUUUAGUCUUCUCAAGCGGAUGAUGUUAUUUUGUUUUAUGUUAAUUGCUUGUUGGAUGACAAUGACAUAGAUCAUUACAAUGUCUUUGUAAUUAUGUUACUUUUUUAGUAUUUUUUUUAAUAUAAUUUCACUAGGAAAAAUAUGGCGGUUGGAAUUAUAAA